AUGACAAUGAUUAUGGAUAUCAACGGUAGUGAUCCGCUUCAGACAAACAGUGCAACGAGCAAUUUUUCUCCAUCGAAAACGUUAUUUCACGGUUAUGAGGCAAGCACAUCUAACAACUCGCAUGAAACCAGUGAUGAUAUCUAUGUCGCGAGUACUCGAUGUGUUGGAGGGAUUUCACAAGCAUCAUGCAGCUCGAUAUGUUCCGAAAAAUUUGAAGCAAAGCAAAAAGAUUGCGGAUUAUACUGGAGUCAUAACAUUGCUGAUCAAAGUACUUAUAAACAUUCUCGCUUGGCACCUGGACGUACCUCUUGUGUGUUCUUGGAGAUGGCUUUGAAACGAUUAUAUGCUCGAGACGAUUUCGAUGUGUUGGAAAGCUUGGGCGAAGGUUUCUUUGGUGAUGUAUAUAAGGUACAGCAUCGAUUUACUGGCGAGAUUAUGGUGUUGAAGGUCGGCAAGGAACGAGAACGAGAAAAUCGGGUACGGAUUAAGGCAAAUGUGCUGAAAGAAGUUGAUGUGUUAAAUCAGUUGACGUCACAUCCCAAUCUGUUGGCUUUUCGUGGUGUUUGUGUUGAUCUGUCAGAGAAGUCGUGGAAUUUACAUAUACUUAUGGAUUUCUGUGAUGCGGGUAGUUUAAGUCGCCUCAUAUGUGACCAUCAAAAAUAUUUCGGAUGGAGUUUGCGAUGCAGUUUAGCCGGUGAUAUUGCAUACGCCAUGGAUUUCGUACAUUCGAAGGGCAUCAUGCAUCGCGAUCUCACUAGCAUGAAUGUUUUACUGCAAAAAGUUGCAAAUGGUAGUUUAAAAGCAGUGGUAGCUGAUUUCGGCUUAUCGUGCAGAAUCCCACGAAUUGUUGAGAAGCUGACUCAAGUGGGUACCCCGUUCUGGAUGGCUCCAGAAUGCCUUAAGGAAGAGUUUUAUGAUGAAAAGGCCGAUGUUUUCUCCUUUGGAAUAAUACUAUGCCAGAUGAUAGCAAGAAUUGAUGCCGAUCCUGAAGCAGGACUGUACCGAACUCACAAUUUUGGCUUAGAUUAUAUUCGCUUCAUAGCCCAUUGUCCAACUGACACUCCUCUGGAUAUUUUGAAUCUAGCAUUUCAGUGCUGUUUGAUGGAUCCAACUGCUCGGCCAAAUUUUAUGUCUGUUUGCGAUUUCUUUUCUAACUUUCGAUUUUCACCGCAUAAGGAUUAUAGUGAAUCUCCAUCGCGGCUAGCUGAAAAUGAUGGACGGUUGGAACGCUCUUUGUCGGAUGCAACUUUAAAAUAUUGGAAAUCGAAACAGUCAGAGUUGUUCCCACAUAUUUUAACCGUAAAGGAGCAAAAUAGUGAAAAUCAACGUGAAUGCAAGUCAAUGAAUACAGUUCCUCUUCUGGUUCUUCAUGAAGGUGUAUCGUAUGAAGAUCUAAAUCACACAAACAAGGAUGAGGAGAUGAGAAACAAGUCGCGAAUGGAAGAGCUUGCGAGAAGUGUCGCCGUGGAUGAAUUUUCUGAUGAGAUGGCUUUGGACACCGGAAAUCCAUUUAUUGCUCAUAAAAUUUACAAAACGACUCGUAAGUUAGCUUUCCCUGACACGAACGAUCGAAAAUGUAUUGUUUCGGAUGUGAGGGAAUCGGAUGACAUCAAUGUAAAUACGACUAGUUAUGACAGCAAUUUAACGAAUUAUAACGUCUUCACCCCUCACAUCAGUGAGCAGUCAGCCAGCACAAAGAAGUAUGGUCAUCAAAGAAGAGUUUCAAAAAUUAUUCGUCGCAGUGCAUCACUUCCGAGUUCAUCAACGAAUACAUCGUGGAUAAGGCACUGUGCAACAUUUGAUCCAUUAUUGCCAUCAUCAUCAUCUACGGGCUUAACAACGGUUGUAAUUGGGCAACGCGGUAAAACUGAUCAUAUAGGUGAACACUGUGUGUUGAAGGGUCAGAUGUCAAUGGCCUUCAAAAAUAAAGAUCAGAAAUUCACCUCACGUCGAUGUCGGUCAACCUUCUCGAACGAGGCAUUGCUUAAUCCCAGUUCUGCGAAGAAUCGACGAGCCAAAGAUUUCUCCUUAUCGGUGGACGAAGAGAUUUUAAGUCGUGAUAUCAAUGAACUUACUUUCGAACGCUGGAAAAAUGACAGCAAUUUUGCCAACUUUGUGCAACAAGGCAAUGAUGUGGUCAUACAACAGCCCUUUCCAGUAGGAUUAUCUGAAGGGACAUUUGUAAACACAUCGUUACUUGGAACCAAAACCUCUAGUGAUGAAUUCAGUAAUGGGAUACGAGGUAGACAGAAAGUUGACUACAACAGGUGUCGCGUUCAGAUGAUACGGAACACAGCUGCGCAUAAGAGAGCAGUGCAUGAUGCUAAUAUCUUGGAUCCUUUUUGUAUAACAAGGCCAAAAUGCGGUCCAUGUAGUAAACAGCGGAUAGUGCAUGAAGAUGACAGACAUGUUCCCGCAGACGGCGAAUACUGUGUUGUUUUGUAA